AUGGCUCGUACUAAAAAUGCAACCCCUCUCCCAAGUCCUCCUGGAACACCACAACAUACCACUAAAGCUAAAGCUCAAUCUAAAAAGAGAACAACUCGUUCAAAACGUGCCGGUCUUACCUUUCCAGUCGGCCGUAUCCAUCGUAAACUGCAAGUAGCAACUAAUGGACACCGUGUUUCUCCUGGAGCAUCUGUCUAUUUGGCUGCUGUUCUCGAGUAUAUGACUGCAGAAAUUCUGGAAAUCAGCGGAAUGGUUGCUGAGCAGAGCAAAAGAAAAACAGUCACUCCUCGUAUGAUGCAGUUGGCUGUUCAACAAGACAACGAAUUCGCCGAAAUGUUCAAAGAUAUAACUAUUUCUCAAGGAGGAGUCCUCCCGAAACCAAUUCAUGAGUCUCUUCUCCCAAAGAAGAAUGCUUCUGGCCAAGGAACUUCAGCAGGAGGAGCUCCAUGA